AUGGGGCUGUUGAACCAAACCCCCCGGGUCGUCCUCUAUGCCCUGGUGCUCCUCUGUGUGGUGUUUCUCUUCACUGCUAAUUGGGUGUACUUCAGUGGUGUGGGGAAUCCCUUCAGUACUGUUGUGGAGCCUGCCGACGAUGGGCAGACGCACAGUCUGGGAGUGUCGUCUGUCUUUGCCUUUGACGCUGCUCAGGACACCCUGCGACUCACUGAGGCGGAGCAGCAACGUGUNGAAAGGCGUGCCAUGGGAUGGAACCCGCUAUCAUUCGCAUGCUGUCGUAUGAUGUGCGUGAGCCCUACCCGCUGGGUGGGUAGUAUGUGUGUUUGUCCUUCUGUGGUCGCUCUUGUGAGCUUGCAAUAA